CUCUCUGCUGGCGGCUAUAAUAAAUUGCUGUACGUGGACUCAGUGGACGAGACAGUUGAGGAAUACGGACAUCACAACGCGGUUCGACGUUUAUUUAGUUCUGUAGCAAUACCUGUUUCGUACGCCUAAAUACAUACUAUUUUCUGUCGAAGACUGCCAUUAUUUACGUGGCUAUAAUAAUGGUGUGAAGGUGGAUAAACGGCCGGGGACCAACGCUUCUCCAAGAUUUCGGCGUUAAUCAGUAUCUGAACGCCGGUGCCGUGAACAUGGAUAUCGACGAUGGAGCAGAGGAGCUUUCCUUGGAGGAAAUCUUAUCGUUGUACAGCCAGCCGAUCAACGAAGAGCAGGGAUGGGCUGUUUGUUACCAAUGUUGCAGAACUUUGGUUCAGAAACACCGGAGGAUUAAUUCCAAGACCUCCAGCGCUUCAGUUGGGGAUUUGCCGAGAAGGAUUGAAGGACCUGGCGAUGUACGGAUUCUGAGAGAUGGAACCGUUCAAUUGCACCACCAAGACAGCACAGAUAAACCCAGACCUCCCAACACUUCCUUAGAGGUGAUUGAAUCUCUGGGAAUCAUGAUCUACAAGGCGUUGGACUACAGUCUGAAGGAGAGCGAGGAGAGAGAGCUCAGUCCGCCUCUGGAGAAACUCAUCGACAUGAUGACCAACGUGGCAGAGAAGGAGAGGGACCCCUGCCCUGAUGAAGGUUACGAGGCCACCGAGGAGGAGGAAGACACAAACACUGUCUGUAAUAUUAAAAGAUUCAGAGACGUCCUCACGCUGUGUACGUCCCACCUGCCCAGCCCCUCUGAUGCCCCUAACCACUACCAGGCUGUGUGUCGGGCGCUCUACGCCGAGACCAGAGAGCUACGCAGCUUCCUGGAGAAGAUCAGGAGUGCCAAAGAGAACCUGCGGCGGAUGGAGCGAGACACUGGAGAGGAACCAAUCAGAGAUGUCAACGAGCUACAGAACGCUGACUGGGCUAAGUUCUGGAUGCAGGUGAUGGGUGACCUGCGUAACGGGGUCAAACUGAAGAAGGUCCAGGAGAGACAGUACAGCCCUCUACCUGUAGAGUUCCAGCUCACACCUUAUGAGAUGCUGAUGGAUGACAUCCGCUUCAAACGAUACAAACUACGGAACGUCAUGCUGAAUGGAGACGUCCCUCCCAGGUUAAAGAGUGCUCAUGAGGUCAUCCUGGACUUCAUCCGCUCCAGACCACCUCUCAACCCUGUUACUGGAAGGAAGUUGAAGCCUCACCCUGCAUGGCCACAGACCCUACAUGAGCGUCUCUUAGAGGGCAUCAAACAGGAGAGGAAGCUACGGCCUGUUUCACCUGACGUGACCCGACGCAACCGCCUGGACUUGUCCACUCCAGAUGCCCCCAGGAAGCACGCCACCAGCACCCUGUCCUGUCCACCUGCUCCCGGGGUGGGAGGGGCUCUGCAUCAGAGGAAGAGGCUCCUGAAGGCGCCCACACUGUCUGAACUGGAAAGCUCAGAGUCCGAUGAUGAGCCCAGUCACAGCUCCUCCAGUUGGUCAGCAUCCGUGUUGGACGCCUCGUCUCCUGAAUCUGUCCUGGGGAAGAACGCAUCCCCUAGGUUCCUGCCCAUCACCAUGACUCCCCAGCCUGACAGUCGCCCCUCCCCUCAGAGGAGACACUCCAUUGAGAAGGAGCCCCCCACCAGCAUACGGCCCUUCACAGCCCCCACCAGACAGAGCUCCAAGUCUCUGGUGGAGAACCCCACCCCCAGCAGUGGUGUUAAGGUGGAUGACUUCUGCUACCCUGUAGAGUGUCUGGCUCUAACAGUAGAAGAGGUGAUGCACAUCAGACAGGUUCUGGUCAAAGCUGAGCUGGAGAAGUUACAACAGUACAAUGACGUCUACAACGAACUGAGGAAAGGAAAGCUGUGUUUCUCCUGUCGGACUAAAAGGUUCUCCUUCUUCAACCGGUCCUACACCUGCCAAUUCUGCAAAAGGCCUGUGUGCUCUCAGUGCUGUAAAAAGAAGAGUCUUCCAUCUAAGCCGUAUGCCAAACUGUCCAUCUCCUCUCUGGGAUCUACUACCACCAUCCUACCCAGGGAGGAGGCUGGAGGGACAUCAGCCUUGGACACCCCAGAGAAGCCCUCGUCCAGCCAGCGCCUGCGCCGGACUGUCUCCAGGUUAUCCAAACGCAAAAUUGAGCGGUCUAGUGACGAGCUGGAUCUUCCCAAGGAGCUGACAGAGGAUUGGUGUACCAUGGAGGUCUGCAUCGACUGUAAGAUGUUCAUCUCUGAGAUCAUCUCUAGCAGCAAGCGCUCUCUGGCCACCAAGCAAGCCCAUCUGAAGAGGAAAACUCAGUCCUUCUACAUAUCUUCAGCUAACACAGACUACUGCAGACCCUCUGUGAGGAACGUCAAAGAGGUUUAACUUUAGGGUCAGACCUCUCUCUGUCCACUCCUUGGGGGCGUCUCAAAUCCAAAUUGUAUUCGUCACGUGCUUCUAAAACAGCAGUGAAAUGCAUCUAUUUCAUGAAAAACUUCUCCAUAUAGGGCAGCACUUUGACCAGAGCUCAAAGGGACCAGGCUGUUUGUUGGCCAUCUAGCUGUGUGAUGUAUUUAUCAUGACUCUGCUCACCCUGGCUGACACUCUAUGGACUCUGGUCUAAAGUAGUGCACUGAAUAGGGUAGGUACCCUUUUGAGACAGUCAUACUCUCUCAGCUCUUUGCUGCUCAUCACUGUGUUAUAAUGAUAUAGGUGACUGUUGUAGAAGAUGUUCAGUGUGUUAGUAUAUACUACCUACCUGGAUGAUUCUAGACAUUUGUUGAAUAGACAGCAUGGGUUCUCUUCCCCUAACCGCUAGUGUUAGGAACGAUUGGGUUAGUGUACCGCUGUGGGAGGACGACUAGCUAGCCGUUGACAGAAACCAAGUCACAGUAUAGUAGUCCAUGAAUAAAGUGUCUACCACAGUAUAGAUGCGCUAUUAGAAUAUUUAAACAUUUCCUAUUCUCUCACGUUCUGUGAUUAACCCUAAUAUACUGAACAAACGCAACAUGCAACACUUUCAAAGAGUUUACUGAGUUACAGUUCAGGAAAUCAGUCAAUUGAAAUAAAUUCAUUAGGCCCUCAUCGAUUAGAUUUUACAUGACUGGGCAGGUUGCAGCCAUGGGUGGGCCUUAGAGGGCAUAGGCCCACCCACUUGGCAGCCAGACCCACCCGCUGGGGAGCCAGGCGCAGCCGAUCAGAAUGAGUAUAUACUCACAAAAGACAGAAAUACUCCUCAGCACCCCCCAGAUGAUCCAGCAGAUGAAGAAGCUGGAUGUGGAGGUCCUGGGUUGGCGUGGUUACUUGUGGUCUGCGGCCGGUUGGAUGUACUGCCCAAAUUGUCUAAAGCGACGUUGGAGGCGGUUUAUGGUAGAGAAAUAAACAUUCAAUUAUCUGGCAACAGCUGUGCUGGACAUUCCUACAGUCAGCAUGCCAAUUGCACGCUCCCUCAAAACACAAGACAUCUGUGGCUUUGUGUUGUGACACAACUGCACAUUUUAAGUGGCAUUUUAUUAUCCCCAGCACAAGGUGCACCUGUGUAAUGAUCAUGUUUGUUUAUCUUCUUGAUAUGCCAAACCUGUCAGGUGGAUUAUCUUGGCAAAGGAGAAAUGCUCACUAACAGGGAUGUAAACGAAUUUGUGCACAUGUGACAUUUCUGGGAUCUUUUAUUUCAGCUCAUGAAACAUGUGACCAACACUUUACAUGUUGCAUUUUAUAUUUUGGUUAGUGUAUUUGGGGGACCAUUCAAAUAGCUGCUGAGAUCACGGAGGUGGUCGGUCGGUGAGACCUCUAGUCCCCGUCCAGAGAUAAUAUAUAUUUAACAGUAGUGUGGUCGGUCGGUGAGACCUCUCGUCCCCGUCCAGAGAUAAUAUAUAUUUAACAGUAGUGUGGUCGGUCGGUGAGACCUUUAGUCCCCGUCAAGAGAUAAUAUAUAUAUUUAACAUCUGUGUGGUCGGUCGGUGAGUUUCCAUAGGCAUAACCACUCUGGGCUUUUUAUUUCUAAGGGAGUCUCUUCCCAGCCAAUAAAAUCAAACCAAAUGACAUGCCUAUGGUGGUCUCUCCCCAGCCCCAGCCAAUAAAAUCAAACCAAAUGUUAUGCCUAUGGUAGUCUCUGCCCCUCCCCAGCCAAUAAAAUCAAACCAAAUGUUAUGCUACUCCAAAUUUUUUGCCAGGUUUUUUUGUCUUCUAAAAUUGGAUUGGCUGGAAAACAGGGUACGGUCAGAGGUCAAAUGAUUUGGUGUGUUUUAGCCACUUGUUUACUAUGAUGUAUUCAGAUCAUUUCUGUGCCUGGUGCCAUGUCAUUCUAUGGACCUGUAGCAGAUUGGCAAGAACUUGAUGAGGAAUUGAUAUGGGGAUUCUAGAAGCAGUUUUUUGAUGAAUUGAUAUGGGGAUUCCAGAAGCAGUUUUUUUUUCUUCUUGGUUCCUAGCUGACCAAUAGGAUCUCAGAAUGGUGGGAUGUGAUUGCGUACAUGCUGCAUCUAACACCAUCCAUUAUAUUCUAGUAUAUAUAUAACAAUGUUUUUCCAGGAAUAUUAUCUUAAAGAUUUUUAUUUCUUUUGUAUGUAAUAUUGACUAUCUCCUGUCCGGAUCAGAAUAGAUCACAUGACCUCCUAGACCAGUUAGGUCCGGAUCAGACCAGAUAGAUGGACCUCCUAGACCAGUUAGGUCUGGAUCAGACCAGAUAGAUGGACCUCCUAGACCAGUUAGGUCUGGAUCAGACCAGAUAGAUGGACCUCCUAGACCAGUUAGGUCCGGAUCAGACCAGAUAGAUGGACCUCCUAGACCAGUUAGGUCUGGAUCAGACCAGAUAGAUGGACCUCCUAGACCAGUUAGGUCUGGAUCAGACCAGAUAGAUGGACCUCCUAGACCAGUUAGGUCUGGAUCAGACCAGAUAGAUGGACCUCCUAGACCAGUUAGGUCCGGAUCAGACCAGAUAGAUGGACCUCCUAGACCAGUUAGGUCUGGAUCAGACCAGAUAGAUGGACCUCCUAGACCAGUUAGGUCUGGAUCAGACCAGAUAGAUGGACCUCCUAGACCAGUUAGGUCUGGAUCAGACCAGAUAGAUGGACCUCCUAGACCAGUUAGGUCUGGAUCAGACCAGAUUGUCCUUCUCGACCAGAAUAGCACUUUUACUGUACCAAUGUAUUGUUUUGAAGUUCCUUCUUUACUCAUUUAAUUUAAAUUCUUAAAUAUUUUGUUCCACGUCGUGAAGUUAAUGUGGUGUAAUGGUAUCCUAGAGUUAAUCGUGUGUGUUAGAGCUUGGGGUUUGGAAGCAGGUGUCAGCAAAGCACAUCUUUCUGAAUGUACAGGGUAUAAUGGUUUUAAAAUAUCUUAUUUCAAGUGCAAUCUAAAUCUAUAGACAAAGAAUUUUAAUGCCCCUUUAAAAUAAUUAUUUAUUCACGCACAAUAUCCAUACACGGUCUGCCUAGAGACAACACAUGGAUGCAUUAUCAUUCAUACACAAAUCCUACAGACACACUCCCAAUCUGCAAUUUUCUAAUUGAUUUAUUUUCUGACCCCUUGUACCAACUGUGGUAGAAAGAUCAGAAUUAUAACAAGUUUGACAUGACUAACGUCAAUAUCAACCUCUCAUUAAGUGUUCAUUUGGACCAUACGGAUACCGUGAGGAAGGAAUGGUGUGUAAGCUAUAAUUUUUGUUUAUUUUUUAAUGACAAUAAAAUUAUCUAUUUUGAA